ACGAUUCGAAAACUCCAAACUCCGACCCAACAGCGGCACUUUCCUCCGAGCUCAAGGUCUGAACCUUCCGGAAACGCCGACCGUUUUGAAGGCGACAAGGUUCCACCCUCAAAUAAGGCUCUGCAUGCAUUGUUUCAUUGUUUAGGAGACCGCUGAUUGGUCCCACUGCCUGACGUCACGACCCACGAUGUUUCUGUUCAUUGCCCUGCUAAUCCUGCAUCAACCAGCAGAGGGAGACACAUCCCCUAUCACUUGCUACAACGAUAACGGGGAAGCGGUCGAUUGGUACUACCUCUACAAGCUGCCUAAUCAGAAGGGCAGUAAGGACCCUGCUAGAGGGCUGAGGUACCUGCUGCUGGAGAAGGGGAGCGAGGGGUGGACGGAGGGCAAGUUCAAUGCCAACAGCUCUGCAGGGGCCCCGGGGAGGACCGUUGGACAGCUGUACGGCGGCCACAAGAACCAGGAAGUGGCGUACAUCCUGUAUAACGACCAGCCCCAUAAACCGACCCCAGGGCUCAGGAACUCUGAGAACACCAAGGGCCACACUAAGGGCGUGGUUCUGCUUGACAAAACCCAAGGCUUCUGGUUGGUCCACAGCACGCCUAAGUUCCCGCCCCCACGGGCCGAUGGCCAGUACUCCUACCCCGCGACUGGCAUGAAGAAGGGGCAGAGCUUCCUCUGCGUCACCUACCCACUGAAGCACUUCCAGACCAUAGGAGAGCAGCUACUGAUCAACCAGCCGACAGUGUACGAUUGUGACGUCCCCCCAUCCCUCGCCACCGCGGUCCCCGCCUUACUCACUCUUUGCAAGCAAAGCAUGCCGGCGCUUCAGGUCUUCCCACAAGUCAAGCCGAUGACCAAUCGCAGCGUGAUUCUCACCUCCCUCGAUGGGACCGACUUUCUCAAUUUUGCAAAAGGAUCUGCUUUUAAUAAUGACCUGUACUCAUCCUGGGUGGCCCCUACCCUGCAGUCUCACCUGUUGGUCCGGUUCUGGGUGUGCGCCAAGGGUCACCUCCCCUCCAGCUGCACAGGGCCCUGGAAGGUCCUUGACGUCUCGGUCGUGAACCCGGGCCACACAGCCAACAUCAACGCCUCCGCAGACCACUCCAAGUGGGCUGUGAGUACCCAGGCGCCUGGGUCUGGGAGCGGGUCUGGGUCUCGGGGCGUUGGGGGUUGGGUGUGUGUGGGGGACAUCAACAGGAUCCAGGCGGAGGAGAAGCGUGGCGGGGGUACCGUGUGCCAGCAGAACCCUGUGGUUUGGAAGGCCUAUCGCAGCUCCGCCCUGUCUUGCAUGGAUUGUAGCAACGGUACGAUGUGUGAUGCAGCGGACGUUAACGGCUAAGCUAAAGUAAUGACUGUUCAGGCUUUAAACAGCUGUGAAGAGUUCAAAAUCUCAUUUGCCAUUCAGGUGAUUGAUUUAUGCUUUUGUAUGAACCAUCAAAUCUAAAGGAAAAAUCAUUUAUUUUUAUUUUUUUAUUAUUAUGAUUCAGACUGUAUUAGCUGCUAAAGACACUGAUCACGGAAUUACUAAGUCUAAGAAGCUAAUGUUUGUUGAAAGUCAAAAUCAUGUAUUGUAGGCCUACACUGGAGAUGUAUUUUGUGGCUUGUUCAGGGGUUGUCUUUUUAUCCAAUGUUGAUGUCUGUCUUUUUUUACAUAUUUUCUGUGAUGAUUGAAUCAGAAUAAAUAUGUUUAGUAAGAGGA